UUCGCCGACGGCGGCGACGGCGACGCCGUCCGGGGCGAGGACGGCGAUGAUGGCGACGGCGCCGGCGGCGGUGCUGGCGACGGCGGCGACGGCGGCGGCGAUCGCGACGGCGUCGGCGGCGAUGACGGCGGCGGCGGCGACGGCGGCGGCGGCGAGGGCGGCGGCGGUGACGGCGGCGGCGGCGCGGGUGGCGGCUGCGAGGGCGGCGGUGGCGAGGGCGGAGGGGGCGAGGGCGGCGAUGAGGGCGAGGGUGGCGGCGGUGGUGCGGGUGAAGGCAGUGAGGGCGGCGGCGAUGGCGAGGGCGGCGGCGGCGAGGAUGGCGGCGGCGGCGAGGGCGGCGGCGGCGAGGGCGGCGGCGGUGACGGAGGCGGCGGCGCGGGGGGCGGCUGCGAGGGCGGUGCUGAUGGAGGGAGCUGCGACGGCGGUGGCGGGAGCGGUGGUGCAGAAGGCGGAGGGGGCGAGGGUGGCGGCGGCGAGGAGGGCGGCGGCGAGGAUGGUGGAGGCGGGGAGGGCGGCGGCGGCGAGGGCGGCGGCGGUGACGGAGGCGGCCGCGCGGGGGGCGGCUGCGAGGACGGAGGGGGCGAGGGCGGAGGGGGCGAGGGCGGCGAUGAGGGCGAGGGUGGCGGCGGUGGUGCCGGUGAAGGCAAUGAGGGUGGUGGCGGCGACGGCGGCGGCGGCGAGGGCGGUGGCGGCGAGGGCGGCGGCGGCGACGGAGGCGGCCGCGCGGGCGGCGGCUGCGAGGGCGGAGGGGGCGAGGGCGGCGAUGAGGGCGAGGGUGGCGGCGGUGGUGCGGGUGAAGGCAGUGAGGGCGGCGGCGAUGGCGAGGGCGGCGGCGGCGAGGAUGGCGGCGGCGGCGAGGGCGGCGGCGGCGAGGGCGGCGGCG